GAGAGAUGGUGAGGUUGCACAUCCAUCAGACGCAAGAGCGUGGAAACAUUUCAACAAGGUACACGGAGAUUUUGCUACAAAUAUUCGGAAUGUCUAUCUUGGGUUAUGCACCGAUGGAUUUAGUCCAUUUGGAAUGUCUGGUAGACAAUAUUCUUUGUGGCCAGUCAUUCUUACGCCGUAUAAUUUACCGCCGGAUAUGUGCAUGGAACAAGAAUUUCUAUUUUUGACCAUAUUAAUCCCAGGGCCGAAGCAUCCAAAACGGUCUCUUGAUGUUUUUCUUCAACCGUUGAUAGAAGAGCUAAAGCAAUUGUGGUCAGAAGGGGUGAGGACGUACGAUUGUUCCUUGAAAACCAAUUUUACGAUGCGAUCAGUUCUGAUGUGGACGAUAAGUGAUUUCCCUGCUUAUGGGAUGUUGUCUGGCUGGACAACACAUGGAAGAUUAUCUUGUCCGUAUUGUCUUGGAUCCACGGAUGCUUUUCAACUGAAGAAUGGUAGGAAGAGUUGUUGGUUUGAUUGUCAUCGUCGGUUUCUUCCACUUGCCCAUCCGUACAGAAGAAACAAGACAUUGUUUCGACACAAAAAAAUUGUCAGAGACAGUCCUCCUCCAUAUCUCACCGGCCAGCAGAUCGAAGCGGACAUUGAUUAUUACGGAGCUCAGGAAACAGUUAAGGUUGGAGGAAAUUGGCAUGUUCCUGGAAAUAUGCCUGAUGGGUAUGGUGUAUCUCACAAUUGGCAUAAGAAGAGUAUAUUUUGGGAGCUACCGUAUUGGAAGGAUCUUCUCUUACGCCACAAUCUGGAUGUCAUGCAUAUCGAGAAGAACUUUUUUGAGAACAUCAUGAAUACAUUACUUAACGUCCCUGGGAAGACAAAAGAUAACAAAAAGUCAAGGAUGGACUUACCUGAUAUUUGCUCAAGAAGUGAGUUACAUAUCAAGAGCAAUGGAAACGUUCCUGUUCCCAUCUUCCGGUUGUCAUCAGCAGCGAAAACAACCUUGUUUGACUGGGUUGCAUCGGAAGUUAAGUUUCCUGAUGGUUAUGUUUCAAAUAUGUCAAGAUGUAUUGAACGAGGUCAAAAGUUCUCCGGAAUGAAAAGUCAUGAUUGUCAUGUGUUUAUGCAACGACUGCUUCCAUUUGCUUUUGCCGAGCUCCUUCCAGCAAAUGUCCACGAAGCACUUGCAGCCAUCGGAGCAUUUUUCAGAGAUCUUAGCACACGUACGUUCAAAGAAGAAGUCAUCGAACAACUUCAUCAGAACAUUCCGAUCAUAUUGUGCAACCUGGAGAAGAUAUUUCCUCCUUCAUUUUUUGACGUCAUGGAGCAUCUAGUUGUCCACCUACCGUAUGAAGCAUUGCUUCGUGGACCUGUUCACAACGGAUGGAUGUAUCCGUAUGAGCGACAGAUGAAACAUUUGAAGGGGAAAGCAAGAAAUCUUGCAAAGGUAGAAGGUUCAAUAGUUGCAGGGAGUUUGACAGCCGAAACAUCUAACUUCACAUCAUACUACUUUGCUCCAACUGUUCGUACGAGAAAAAGAGUUCCUAGAAGAUAUGAUGAUGGUGGAGUACCGACAUCAUAUCCAAUUGAUGGUGUUCCUGACAUUUUCUGCGAAAUUGGACGGUUUGGUGGUAAAACGAAAGAAGUAUGGUGGUCAUGUGAAGAAGAUAAACAUAGUGCCCACACUUAUAUUCUGCUCAACUGCGAGGAUGCAAUGACCCGUUACUUUGAAAGGAUGUUUGUAUCUCAAGUUGAAGAAGCAAUACCAGGAAUAUCUGCAACUGAUGUGGAUACACGUAAAGAUAAGCACUUUGUCAAGUGGUUAAAAUCACAGGUUGAUUAUGACGAUCCUUAUUAUCCCGUAUGGUUUCAUGAAUUGGUUCAAGGUCCAGUUGCAAAGGUCACCACAUCACCUAUGUAUUUCACACGAGGAUUUACCUUUCACACAUACGAGUAUGGGAGACAUCGGGCAACGAGUAACUACGGAAUAUGUGUGAAAGGUGAAACAGACUUUUACGGGAUAUUGCAGGAGAUUAUUGAAGUGGAAUUUCCGGGGUUAUUGAAGCUAAAAUGCGUCCUCUUCAAAUGUGAAUGGUUCGAUCCUGUUGUGAACCGAGGGAUUCGGUAUAACAAAUUUGGUGUUGUGGAUGUCAAUUUUGGGAGAAGAUACAACAAAUUUGAGCCUUUCAUUUUAGCUUCACAAGCCGAGCAAGUUAGCUUCCUUCCUUAUCCUCGGCUUCGAACUUCCGGGAUAAACUGGGUAACUGCUAUCAAAGUUACACCUCGUGGACGCAUUGUCGUUGGAGAAGAACCGCCCUUGCAAGAAGAAGACGCUAUCACUGAAGUUGAGGUACCAGAACAACCAACUGAUGAAAUCCUUUUGAUCGACCCGCAAAACUUUCAAUAUGAAGAUAUUCCCGAAGAUGCGACAGAUGAAGCACGUGAAGACGAGUUCGAGAGAAGCGACGAUGAUGAUUGUAAUGAUAGUGAUGAGAACGAAAACGAUUUAGAGUGAUGUAAUAUAUGUAUCAAAUGUUGGAUUUCUCUAUUGUAAUAUUUUCUAAAAGAAAGAGUAAGAAGUAGUAUGAUAUAAGAUAUGAUGUUAGAUGAUAUGUCACUUUGGGGUUUAGGGAUUUCAUUCUCGGUGUUUAGGGUUAAGCGUCGUAAUUUCGUCGUAAAUGGAAAAACGCGGGCCUGGUAAUUUCGUCGUAACUCGAAAAACACGGGCCUGGUAAUUUCGUCGUAAAUUAAAAAACACGGGCCUGGUAAAUUCGUCGUAAAUGGAAAAACGCGGGCCUGGUAAUUUCGUCGUAAAUUUACGUCGAUUUUACGACGAAUCCUAAUCUAUAUAAGGGGACGCCGAGAGCGAGGCUGCCUCGCUCAUUCCUCCCAAAUUCCUUUGCUCUCUCUAAGGUAAACUCUCUCUUCUCUCUCUCUUUUUUUUUUUUUUAAAUUAGUUUAGGUGAUUAGUUAGGUAACGGAAUUAGUUUAGGUGAUUAGUUAGGUAAUUAGUUUAGGUGAUUAGUUAGGUAACGGAAUAAUAUUUUUAUUAUGUCGUAACUGAUAAAAUUUAUUUUAAUUUUUUUUAGAUGGCUCCUAGAAGAAAAUCCAGAGCACCUAGUUAUAGAGAUUUGUUUGGCGACGAUGGUUCCGGUACAUCUUCUUCCGGUCCAUCGUCUUCUGGUCCAUCAUCCUCCACCGCAGUUCCAGACUCUCAGCCUUCUCAGAGAGUUGCUUGGAGUCCUCCUCCACCGCAGAUGCCUCCACCAUUUGUUUUUAAAAUAUUUAUUUUAAAAUAUUCAAUUAAUAUAACUUUUAAUAUUUUUUUUUGUAGUUGGAGAAGACGGGAGUCUUACCAUCUCUGUCUGACCUAUUCAAGAUGACUCACGCCACAUCCGACGGAGUUUUUGUGGAUCCUGCAUCAGAGAAACUCGCUCAAGCAGUGGCUACUCGGAUUGAAGAACGGGAGACGCAACUAACUCAGGAGUCUCCCGAUGGAUUACCCGUCACAUUGUCCACCGAAGAAGCCGACCGAAUCUUCGAAGAGGUAGUACAACUAAAAUUUUUUUUUUCAUUAUUUUUAAUAACUAUAUUAAUAUAUGUUUUAAUUUUAUAGCUGGCUCCUAGAAAGAAGGGCCGAAUAGUCGGUAUAGGCUCCGUUAACCAAGUUGCAAGGGCAACUUCGUCAUACACUUCGAGACGGGAUGAAGAGACUUCUCAGAUGAAAGCUCGAAUGGAUAGCCAGCAGGUUCGUUUAGACUCUCUUGAGGAUUUCCUAGACGUGAUGGCCGUGGGAAACCCGGUUAUGCAGAGAAUGUUGAGUCAGAGACGAGCCGCUCUUGGGUUGCCAGUACGAGAUCCCCAAGAGUCCGAUCCAACCCGUCAACAGCCGAGCAACCCCACCGACUACUUCGAUGAUAUGUAGUUUUUUUAAUAUUUUCGGUUUGUAUUAUGAAUUUAAAUAUUAUGACUUUUAAAUGCUUUUUUAUAAAUGUUUUUUAUUUUCA